AUGACUAUCGGCGUAGCACUGAUCGGUGGAGGCAUCUGGGCAAGAGAAGAGCACCUGCCGGCCAUUCUCGCAUCCGAGCAUCUGACUCUCAGGGCAAUUUAUUCACGGUCGCGCAAGUCAGCGGAGGAAACAGCCAAAGCAUUGGGGAAACAGAUCGAUCUAUAUGCCGAAGACUUGGAGCAAGGCUACGAUGUGGUACUCAAGCGCGACGAUAUCGACGCAGUGAUUAUCGCACUUCCCAUCGCUUCCCAGGCCUUGUAUAUCCGUGCUGCUCUCACUGCGGGAAAGCAUGUUCUUUCCGAGAAGCCCGUGGCGGAGAACGUCGGCGAGGCCAAAGAAUUGAUCAAAUGGUACGAGGAUGAGAUCAAGCCCAAGGGUAAAGCGACCUGGGGUGUUGGCGAAAAUUUUCGAUAUCUUGAUACCUUUCGACUUGCGAGAGAGAAAGUCAAGGAAUUGGGCAAGAUCAAUAGUUUCCUGGUGAGACUGUACGCCAAUAUCCAGACCGAUACGAACUUUUACAAUACCGACUGGAGAAAGGUUCCCACCCAUCAAGGUGGCUUCAUCUUGGAUGGAGGUGUACACUUCACAGCUGGAUUGCGCUACCUGCUGGGCAACAAUGUCCACAUCACUCAAUUAUGCGCCUUCACGACCCUGAUCAAGGACUACCUUCCUCCUGUCGACACGGUCAAUGCCAUUCUCAAGGCCAACACCGGUGCUCAAGGAACCUUCCAAGUAUCCAUGGGAAGCCACGGUCCAGCAUCCGAGUGGACCGUGGCUUGUGAGAAGGGAAGCGUGACCGUCCACGAUGCCAGUGUCACUGUGAGAGCCGCCGAUGGCCAGGAGCACGUUGAAAAGGUCGAGAAUGAGAAAAGUGGCGUUCCCCCCGAAGUGAGAUUGUGGGCAAAGGCUCUGGCGGCGGGCAAAGUGAACCCUGAGCAGAGUCCCAGCCAGGCUUUGGCUGAUCUAGAGUUGAUUGAAUUAAUGCUUCGUUCCGGAGAAAAUAAUGGGCAAAGUCAGAGUAGUCAAUGGCAGCAAUCAGCCGAUAUCUAA